AUGGCUAAUAUUGAUUCCCAACACCCUUCUGUAUAUCCUGACUCUGACACUCCAAUCAACCAUGAUUCUGACAUCCCUACUGUUGUUGAUCAUCCACAUCCCGUAGCUCCUACCUUUUCUGCUGAACCUACACCUCUCGUUGGUCCUCGUUUAGAACCCUGUUGCCUUGUUAAUAAUGUUCCCGUUACUGUUUUAUUUGACUCCGGUAGUCCCACCUCAUUUGUAAGUGCUUCCCUAGUUGCUCAACACCACUGGCCCACCUAUUCGGCAACCCCAUUUAAGUGGAAAGGUGCUCUUCGAGAAUCUGCUCAAUCAACCCUGGCUACCACAUGCAGUAUCCAAGUCCAAGAUCAGUUACUCAAGGUUGCCGCGUAUGUGGCACCCGAACUCACUGACCGUGUCAUGAUCAGUUGGCCUAUUAUGAAAGAUCACUUAGAUUUAGUAUGUCCCUCUGAAUCCUUAUCCAUAGCUGUUGAUUGUCUACACGAAGGCACUAUUCCUGAUUAUUAUGGUUCAGAACUUGCCGAAGUAUUUGUACUUACCCUAGAUUCUACCCUCGCCUCUGAUUCCUUUACGCUGUUUCCUGCUGAUAUCCGCCAAGAUUUUGCUACUACUGUAACUGAUACUCUUCCUCCUAAUGCUGGUACUAAGUCAUACUCACAUGAGAUUAUCUUAAAGGAGGGAGGACGACCACCUCGUCUAGCUCCGUACCGUUUAACACCGAAAUUAGAGAAAGAAUGCCGCCAAAUUGUUGAAGAUUUGUUAAAAAAUCAGUUUAUCAGUAAGAGUAAAUCUCCAUGCUCAUCACCUGUACUAUUAGUUAAGAAAAAAGACGGUAGUUUUAGGAUGGUUGUCGAUUUCAGAGAGUUAAACAAAGUUACAGUUAAAGAUCCCUUUCCAUUACCUCGAAUAGACGAUUUGUUAAGUAAACUCGGCGAUUGUGCUCUUUUUACCACUCUGUAUCUACAUUCGGGCUAUCAUCAGAUUCCACUAGAUCCGGAUAGUGAAGAAAUGACCGGCUUUACUACCCCUUUUGGACACUAUCAAUACAAAGUAAUGAAGUUUGGCUUAUGUAACGCCCCAGCUACCUUUUCUAGAUACAUGCAACGGUUAUUAGGCAAUAUUCCUAAUGUUUUGUUUUGUUUACUUAGAUGA